AAACUCACAGCAUAAACAAUAUAUCACCCUCUUCCUAGAAUCAUCACUAAAUACGAUAAUGACUACUUUCAAAACCCCUUUUCUCCUCAUCGUUGUGAUUAGCUUUCUGGUUAUUGCAACCUACGCUCAAAACGCUCCACAAGACUACCUUAACACUCACAACACCGCCCGUGCGCUGGUUGGAGUAGCAAAUGUUGUGUGGGACACAGCACUAGCGGCCUACGCAACGAACUAUGCGAAUGCUAGAAAAGUCGACUGCAGCCUCACACCAUCAAAUGGACCCUAUGGAGAAAACCUAGCCAAUGGACCUAAUAUUGGGUUCACAGGUGUAUCUGCUGUGAAUCUUUGGGUCGCCCAGAAAGAUUACUACAACCACACUAUCAAUUCUUGCAUAGGUACAUACCAAUGCAAACAUUACACGCAAGUGGUGUGGAGCAACUCGGUGAAGAUAGGGUGUGCUAGGGUUGCAUGCAACAAUAAUGCUGGCUAUUUCGUGGGUUGUAACUAUGAUGCACCCGAUUACGAUAUCAACAGUAGGUGUAAUCAUUCUUACAACCCGAUAGAAGGAUCAGAGCAGAAGCGACCUUACAAGAAAGCGGUCCUAGCGUUUGCAGCUGCAUUGGAGUCGCGUAAGAUAACAGCAUGCGUAAGGCAAACAAGAGGACUUGAUGCGAGUGCUGGUCAGCUGAGAAAUAAGUUUCAGAAAAGCCCUUUACUUGCUGAGACUGAUGGUCAAGAGUCUCAACCAGAAGCAAGCUGUUGCCAUGGAUUACAAAUCUUCGGUUUUGCCACUGGUAGGCUCUGUUCAACUUUGAUUAAUUGAAGAGGAGACAUAUAAGCGAAAAUUGCCUUUACGGUUGGUUGGUCAGUGCAGCUGAGGGGAUGAAGAGAUUGAAGCACGUAUGAGAAGUGAUGUAUGCUUUGGUUUAUAAUUAUGACAAGAGAGCAAACUUAAGGAGUGUUGUUAUUCAAUGAAUGAUAUUAAUACUA